ACUGAUAUCAUGCCAAUGGAUCCUAGUUUUGUAAGAGUUGAUGGACGUGGUAAGUUAGAUACUGAUUGGGCAUUGUAUCACCAGGUAAGUAUUGCACUAUGGGAGAGCAGGAGAGCAUAUAUUGUUACUGGAGAGAUUACUGGGUUGGACUAUGAUUAUAAGGUGAAGCAGUACUUAGCAUGGUUUCAUUCUUGGGCUACACUAUACAUGCUAAAGCCCCCAGUGGAUCCUCCGAGUACAUACUAUCCAAGAUCACCAGCUGGACGUCACAUACAGCGAGAUUUCUUUGUGAGCAUGGAGAGAAGAUUGCAACCACACUUUGUCGAUACUGAGGGGACACCUUUACAAGUAGAUGUGAAUAUUGUUGGAGAUAUGUGCCAAAGACUACGACAACAGAUAUACAUUGACGAUGCUCAUUAUUUGGAUGAGGCGGAUACUCAGGUGUUUAGUCCAGCCAUUCCGACUGCAUAACCAUAUCAUGCUGGGCCAUCCUCCUAUCCUGAUCUUGGUCCCUCUCAGAGCCACU